ACAUCAAAGAACGCCGGCGGUGCGUGACAUAUGACACUUUUAUCGAGGGUGGACAAUGGAACAGCCAAUAUUGAACACAAAUUGCAGCCAUUUUCGGAUUGAGUAGACGAAUAUCGAUUACCGAGACGAAGAGAGGAUUAACUGAUCUGAUAUCAUCAAAGGAUAAGUCAAACACAGCAGUUCAUUGGAAAAUCAACAUAAAUUUCAAGUUCUGGAUUAAAAUUAGCCUUUUUUCUUUAAUUUAAUAUUGUGUUAAAUAGUGUGUAAUCUCGGAAUUGUCACAGAGCAUGUCAAUUAAUUGUGUAAACAAAAGGUAACGGAAAAAUUGAAAAUGGAUUGGAGUGUACGGACAGGUGUUUUACACACCUUGCUACAAAUUUUGUGCUGGAAAGUUGUUAUGAGUUACAAUGUGCAUGUAGAUUUAAAACGAAAUAGUGUGUCAGACGCGAUUUUCAACGCAAGUCUUGGAGGGGGCUGGUCGUAUUAUUUUGAUCGUUGGUCGCGGUCAGAAAAUAUUAAUGAUAUAAUGUCAUUAGAUGCAACAGAAGGGACAGUAUUUCUGAAAGAUGCAGAUCAAAUUUGUAAACAUAUCCGCUCAAAUCCAUUAGAUGUUCGGAUAUUAGGAAAGACAUAUUCACACAUAAACGACAGAAAUUUCAUCUCUAAUUACACAAUGAUUUCAUUGACAAUCAUUUUUCAUAAUCUACCAUGUAGAGUUCCAUUCCAUUCUUCGAAAUCAGAACAUUCAUUGUCAUCUAAACAUUCUGUACAAGCUGUGAUAUUUAGUGACAAAUUUGCACACUGGAAUAAGUUGAAUUGCCUAGAAAAAGGAAUAAAUGCGUUUUAUUUAAGGAAUCAUAUUCCAGUUUCAAUAUUUCAAAGUAUGUGUGAUGUUUCUAUCAAGAAUCCUAAUUUUCAGUUCCAUUUUGAAAACUCCUCUAUUUCUACUACGCGUGUUCAGUGCCUGUAUGAUUCUGAUAUUGCAGUUCCAAUUCAGAUUGUAUUGUGUCAGGAUAAACACAGAUCUUCAGUUUAUGUUAGUAUCCAACCAGUAGAGUCUUCAUUCAGCAGGUUCACGGUUCAAAGCAGCCAUAAAAACCAUUUACGCUUGAAACGUCAAACAUCAAACACUUCUCCUUCGUUUUCUAAAGACGAGUACAGGGCCUCCAUUCCGGAAAAUCAAGCUGCAGGCCUUUCUGUUAUAUUGCUUACUGCAACAGAUCCAGACCAGGGAGAAAAUGGCAAGCUCACAUACUCUAUGACUGCCUUGCGCGAUUCACGCAGUAAUGAUAUGUUUACUAUAAAUCCUAUUUCUGGACAAGUGACUACGACGAAGAAACUAGAUCGUGAGGAAAUACCACGCCAUGAUUUUGCAGUUACGGCAACUGACAACAAUGCUUUGUUUAAGAAAUCAGCAGUAACAAUGUUGAUAAUCACAGUUGAAGACGAAAAUGAUCAUACACCAACAUUUGACCAGACAAUUUAUAAAGUAGAAAAGUAUGAAAAUAUUCCUGUGUCAACUACCAUUACUACAGUCCGGGCCAUUGACAGAGAUUCUGGGAAGAAUCGUGAAAUUCGAUACAGCAUCAUUGUACCAGCAAAUCCUUCAACUUUCAAAAUUGACCCAAUUUCUGGUAGUAUUUCAACUCUGAAAGUAUUAGACAGGGAAGUUCAGGCAAGUUACCAGUUGAUUGUUCAAGCUAAGGAUCAAGCUAGUUUUGGGAAACAGCGAUCAUCUACUGCUACCAUUGAGAUAAAGGUUCUUGAUGAAAAUGAUAAUUAUCCACAAUUUGACCAAAGCUCUUACACAGUAAAUGUUUCUGAGAAUUUGGACAUAUCAAGUCGUCCAGUUAUUGCUCAGAUAUCAGCAACUGACUCAGAUGAAGGAAGAAAUCAGGAAAUCACUUACAGUAUUACUGGUGGAAAUUUAGAGGACACUUUCUACAUAGAUCCAACCUCAGGUGAGGUUUCAGUGCAAAAACCCUUAGACUAUGAAGCCAAUAAAGAAUUUAAUCUAAAAGUGAAAGCAUCUGAUAAUGGGCAAUUUCCAAGAACGAACAGCACAAAUUUAUGGAUAAGGAUUGACGAUUUGAAUGAUAACCCACCAUAUUUCCAAAGUUCAGUUUACACAGGGUCAGCUGUAGAGGGGGAAAGUACUGGCACACUUGUAUUAACUGUUCGUGCUUUAGAUGAUGAUGAUGGGAUAAAUGGACAAGUGGUUUAUACACUUCUCAAUGUUCCACCAGCUUUUCCGUUUGCGAUAGACCCAGACCUGGGCGAGAUCAGAGUAAGAGCAACACUUGACAGAGAAAUACAGUCAUCCUAUUUAUUUACUGUACAAGUCAAAGACAAAGGCCAGCCACAGCUGUCAGCGACUGUUUCCGUAGAAAUUACUGUAAAUGAUAUAAACGACAACAGUCCAAUUUUUCCGCAGAAAAUAUUUUACACGAGUAUUUCCGAGGAUGCACCAAAGUAUAAGCAAGUAAUACAAGUGACAGCUAAUGAUGCAGAUACUGGUAUAAACUCACAUCUUACAUACAGUAUUAUCAGUGGUAAUAAUGAUCAGGUGUUUUCUAUAGGAAGAGAGACUGGAGUUAUAACACUAGCCAAAACUUUGGACUACAAGAUUCAAAAUAAGUAUAUUCUUACUGUGCGGGCAGCAGAUUCUGGUACAGGCAACAGAUUUGAUACAGCAGAGGUUCACAUAAAUGUUACAGAUAUAAACAAACAUACACCAGUGUUUAGAAAUACAAACUAUCAGUUUAAUGUAGAUGAAGGUGCUUUGGUUGGAACAUCAGUAGGAAAGGUCCAGGCCAUGGACAAAGAUGUUGGUGAAAAUGGAAGAAUCACUUAUGAAAUAAUAGGAGUAGAAGAAUUUAGUAUUGAUCCAGUGACAGGUGAAAUUGCAACAAGGGAAGUUCUGAACCAUGAAUUACACACUGCAUAUUCUUUUGAAGUCAGAGCAAGCGAUCAUGGUGACCCAGUACGUCAAGACACUGCUAGUGUGAUAGUGAUUGUGAAUGACAAGAAUAAUAAUGUGCCCAAAUUUGAUAAACCAGUCUAUGAUGCGAGUGUUAGUGAGGCAGCAUUUGACGGACAUCUUGUUACAACCGUACACGCAUCUGAUGCAGACUCUGGGAUCAAUGCACAGAUUAACUACAGAUUUUCUGACAUUGGGUCUGGUUACAGUGACUUUGAAAUUGAUGAUGCUAGUGGUGAUAUCCGUGUUGCUAAAGAUAGCAAGAUUGACAGAGAGAAACGUAAUAAUUACACACUUACAGUGCUAGCUGUAGACAAAGGGGUAAUUCCAUUAACCGGAUCGGUAGAAGUUAGAAUCAAGAUUGAAGAUAUCAAUGACAAUGCUCCAAAGUUUGCUAAAGACGAAAUUAUUGCCAUGGUACCAGAAAAUCAAAAAAUUGGUUCAACUGUUGCCGUUAUAGAAGCAGUAGAUCCAGAUGAAGGAGUUAAUGCUGAUGUGGAAUAUACGUUAGAAGGUGGAUUAGAUGCAGAUAAAUUUCUCUUAGCGAAUCAACCAGGCGAUCCUGCAAUUAUUGUAAAUCGUGUUGACCUGGAUUUUGAAUCAGAUAAAAAGGAAUAUUAUAUCCAGCUGAAAGCAUCGUCUGGGACAUUAUUUUCUAGAGCACUGAUCAUCAUUAAAGUGCAAGAUGUUAAUGAUAAUGCACCAGUUUUAAAAGACUUUUGGAUUAUAUUUAACAACUAUGUGGAUCAUUUUCCAUCUGAACCCAUAGGUAGAAUUCCUGCAUUUGAUCCAGACGUCUCUGAUCAGGCAAAAUUGAAGUAUGAAUUCUUGAUGGGCAAUGAGGCAGGGUUCCUUCAUCUGAACAGAACAACAGGCGAGAUAACUCUUGAUUCAAGGCUUAACUCAGACGUACCACGAAAUGGAACCAUUCAAGUUAAAGUAUCGGAUGGUCUGAACGAGGUUCGAGCAACAUGUCGUCUGCAUGUACAUCUAGUCACCAUGGAAAUGUUAGAAAAAAGCGUCACCAUUCGUAUCAAUAACAUGACCAGUGAUACGUUCCUCUCUCCACUUUUUACGUUCUUCGUUGAUGCACUGGCGACAAUUAUAAACGUGAGCAAGGAAAACAUCUUUGUGAUAAAUGUACGUAAUGAUACGGAUGUAAAAGCUCAGAUACUGAAUGUGACAGUGUCAAUACGAGAGAAAUCGGUACGUGUGGACAGACAGAUGGUAGACGUUUUCUACAGUGCUGAGUUCCUAAAGGAACAGAUCUAUCUCCAAAGAACACUGCUGGCAAAUCUUUCUACCGUACAGAUAUUGCCAUUUGAUGACAAUCUGUGUUUGACAGAGGUUUGUUCUGGUUUUGAGAAGUGUCUGUCAAGGUUGAGGUUCGGAGAGGCGGCACCUUUCAUCUCGUCGGACACGAUGCUGUUCCGACCAAUAUAUCCUGACAAUGGUUACAAGUGCGAAUGUCCUCAUGGUUUUACAAACAAUAACAGUUUCUCAUACUGUAACGUUGAGAUAAAUCUGUGCUACUCCAACCCAUGCAACAGCUCUCGGGGCCUGUGUCACAGCACAGAGGAAGGGUAUACAUGUGAUUGUAAACCUGGAUUUACAGGUACAAGCUGUGAGAUAGAUCUAGCUGCUCAGUAUGACACAGUUUCCUGUCCGACCAAUGCUUGUCAGCCACCGUCUGUCUGUGUGCCACUCAUUAACGGUGGUUUCAGGUGUGAUCACUGCCCAGACAACAUUGACUACAACGAGUACUGCCAGCAGACCGCCCGCAGCUUCCCUAAAGGUUCUUUCCUCAUGUAUCCAACCAUAAAGUCAAGAUACAGGUUCUCCAUUCAACUAAAGUUUGCCACCCAGCAUAAGAAUGGUCUGUUAUUUUACAAUGGAAGAUUUAACGAGUUACACGACUUCAUGGCUUUAGAGAUUAUUGAUGCUCAAGUUCAGUUCUCGUUCUCCACCGGGUCAGACAUCGUGAAAGUGGCACCGUAUAUAACCGGAGGUGUCAAUGACGGCAAAUGGCACAAGGUCACAGUGGAUUAUCUCAAUAUGACAGCGACAGUAACAGUGGGUGAGGAGUGCGAGACAGAAAUAUCUGUGAAAUAUGGACGACCCAUCAGCUACACCUGUGCUGCUAGAGCUUCACAACAGUUUACUAUGAAAAAUUGUUCGAAGGAAGGCAAUCCACUAAACUGUCCUAAGCUGCUGGAUCUGACUGGACCACUACAGAUCGGAGGUCUGCCAACACUGCCGUCCAAUUUCCAGGUGAAAAAUAAGGACUAUGUAGGCUGUAUGAGAGAGUUCUAUGUGGAUGGGAAACUUCUCGACUUCAAUAAAUCCGUGGCGAAUAACGGUACAGAGCCAGGAUGUAAGGCAAAACAUGAUCAUUGUAAAAGGGCACCUUGUCAACAUGGAGGAACCUGUUUGGAUGGCUGGGAGACAUAUGUGUGUAUCUGUCCUGAUAACUGGGGUGGCAAAGACUGUGGCAACAUGAUUGAUCCACCAAGAAAGUUGACUGGUGACGGCUAUCUACACUUUGAUAACAGUAAUGGUAUCAUUCCAAAUGUACACUUUGGUACAAAAUGGUAUAAUGGAAUUUCAUUCCGUACACGGCAGCAGAAUGGUACCCUCAUGUUUAUAUCUGCUGAAGGGGGUGAAACAGUUCAUAUUGAGUUAAUUGGUGGAUAUGUGAGUUAUAGCUACAUAAACAGUGUCGGACCUCAGACGUUUGUAUUUAACUCGGUCACCGUCAAUGAUGGCAAGUGGCAUUACUUUGAGGUCCGCUGGCCAGACAAUGGAGACUUUAUUAUGAUACUGGAUUACGGACAAAGACAAAUUCUGCAUAAGAUUCAAAGUACCCUGGAACAGAAAAAGAUACUACAUGUGCAUGUAGGAGCCCUGAAGGUAGGGCCAGCCCAAGCUGAAAAUCACUUUAUUGGAUGUGUAAAGAAUAUGAAUGUUGGAAACAAGGAGAAUUCUGAGUUGCAGCGACCAAGAAUAGUCAACGCGCAGCAAGGUUGUGAUUCUGGGGAUGCAUGUAAAAGUAGUCCGUGCACAACACGUGCAGAAUGUGUCAAUGAAUGGGAGGGAUAUUCAUGCAAAUGUCCUCCUGGUACUUUAGGACCAAACUGUAAUAAUAUCUGUACGAACUAUAACCCUUGUCAGAACGAGGCUACCUGUCGACAGCCGUUAGGUGGCUAUAUCUGUGAAUGUGGCCUGUUACAGUCUGGAAAAUAUUGUGAAAUCACUACUCCACGGUCAUGUCCCCAAAACUGGUGGGGACACCCAGUCUGUGGGCCUUGCCCGAAGAAUUGCACCAGUCAAAAUGGGUUUGAUCCAAGCUGCGAAAAAACUACUGGCAAAUGUUUCUGUAGGGAUAACUUCUACAAGCCUCCAGGCAGCUAUAAGUGUUUGCCAUGUAAUUGUUAUGGUCAUGGAUCCAGGAGCUAUUCGUGUGACCCUGUGACGGGUCAGUGUCCGUGCAUAGAUGGGGUGACAGGUCGAAGAUGUGACCAAUGUCCGAGCAAGUAUGCAGAGAUACGGAAAGAUGAAGAUACUGAGAUAUAUGGAUGUAAAGUUGAUUACGAGGCAUGUCCCAGGAUUUACUCCCAUGGUAUGUGGUGGGACACUAAGAUAGCCAAUGUAAUGGUUACUCAACAAUGUCCAGAUGAUGCGUUUGGAGCUGCUACACGUAACUGUAGCGCUAACGGUCUCUGGCAGGAACCUGACUUCUUCAACUGUACUAGUAAAUUAUUCAGCGAUCAUCUUACACAGAUUGAGAAGAUAGAGUCGGGCUCACUGAAGAUUAACACGUUCGUUGCCAAGACAACACUGGCAUCACUCGCUGAUACAACAUCACAAAUAGACACGAUGUAUGGGAAUGACAUCAACAUCACAGCCAGAAUAAUGAACAGAAUUCUUGAUUAUGAAAACCUCCGAUCUGGGCUGAACCUGACAAGUGAACAAGACAGUCACUAUUUAUCUAAUGUCCUAACAGUUCUCAGUGACACAUUACAAGUAAAGUAUGCCAGUGAGUGGUCACGGUUGAACCAGCAAGGUAUCGGCGCAGCACAACUGCUAACAAAGCUCGAGACUUACCUCUCUACAUUGUUAUCUGCCCUUGAACUCACAACGACAGAAUCUUCACGACCAUAUAAUGUUGUUACUGAUAAUAUAGUGCUGAGUGUUGACUUCAUAAACAAAAAUAAUUUCACUGGACGCAGUAUUCCGAAGUUUAACAACAUUGUUAAAACAAGCACGUUCGAUGAUGACACAAAUGUCUAUUUUCCAAAGUCUAUUUUAUCAGAACCUCCACUUCAAGAUUUCCUGCGACCUGAUCUCAUGAGCACACCAAAGGCCUAUGUUGGUUACAUAAUGUAUAAGCAGCUGGGAGAUUUACUACCAAAAGUCUACUCUGACAAUGUCAGAGUGUUGUCUGGCCGUCCCAUGUCGGCGAACAGUCCACUAUUUACAAUAUUGGUGAAGGAUGAUGGGAAGAUAGUAAAUGGUUCCCUAGCUAAUCCGAUAGUGAUCACAUUUAAACAGUUACAGACAGCGAACCGGACUAGUCCUCAAUGUGUGUCGUGGCAGUAUGACUCGUCAAGAAAAGGUAUUUGGUCAUCAAAGGGAUGUGUGCAGUCAGACCGGUACACACUCGAUACAGACAUGUAUGUGAAAUGUUCCUGUAGUCACAUGACCAGUUUUGCAGUGUUGAUGGAUAUAUCGGAUCAAGAGUAUGUGCCAGCCGAGCCGGUGUCUAUAGAGGUGUUUACAUAUAUUGGACUGGUUAUCAGUAUGGGAUGUUUGGUUGUCUGUUUUAUAUUCCUGUUUUUCCUGAAGAGAAUCCAGUCUAACACCAACAGUAUACAUAUCAACCUCAUCUUCGUUAUCUUCAUCACACUACUCGCUUACCUCAUCGGUAUAAACCAUACAGAAAAUGAGCUGUACUGUCGACUGGUUGCCAUAGCUUUACACUAUUUCUAUAUGACUGGGUUUACCUGGCUGUUUGUGGAUGUUUUACACAUAUAUAGGAUGUUAACAGAGAUACGAAACAUAGAUCUUGGUUCAAUGAAGUUUUACUACCUUAUCGCCUAUGUUAUACCAGGAAUCAUCGUCAGUCUAGCUGUUGGACUGAACACAGAGGGAUAUGGAAAUAAAAACUUUUGCUGGUUAAUGAUGGCGGACAAGUUUAUCUGGAGUUUUGCGGGUCCGAUAUCUGUGUCAGUGAUUAUCAAUGUAUUUGUGUUUGUGUUAGCAAUGAAAGCCUCGUGCAUGGAGAAAAUUGGUGUAUCAGACCCAGCUCCUCUCAGGAUUGGAUUGUUUUCCAACAUCAUUAUCCUGUUGUUGUGGGGUAUUACAUGGGUGACCGGUCUGUUGUCUGUGAACUAUAACUACCAGGUUCUGCACGUUAUCUACGCACUACUGUGUCUUGCUCUUGGAGUGUUCGUCUUCAUUAUGUACAUCAUCGUCAAUGCUCAGGUGAGGCGUGAGAUAAAGAAGUUUUGGUACCGAAUACGAGGACAGAAACUGGACCUGGAUGAUAACAUUGGUGGAACUAGAAGUUCUCUGUAUAGUAGAUCAGCAUUAGCGUACAGAAAUGACUCGUGUGACGGUGGACUUGCAAGAAUCAAUGUUGGUAUCUCGACUACAUCGACAACAAGCAGAUCUACCAGCAAGAGUAGUGGUGGACUGUACAAAGGCGAGGAAUACCUGCGCAGCACAAGUACAUCCACUUCUGGAAAUAUGCCGCCAGUAAAAUAUCCCCGUACAGACAGCCUUCCACCACCAUAUGGAUAUGACCCAGAAAAACCUGACGGAAUUGACCCUGAUUCUAUGCAGAUACAUCCAAAAAGAGAAAAUAAUGAUUCAGAUUCCGACAGUGAGAUGUCAGAACGUGUUAGUCUCGACCUGGCAUCAAGUCACUCUUCAGAUGAAGACGAUGAUAUUGACGUACAGAUGGACUGGGAAAGUCAAAUGCCGAAAAAUAAAAAAAUAGAUUGCCAAGAAUUGCUCUUUCACAUGAACAAGUUAAUACCAAAAGAGGAAGCAAAAGAGCAGAUGAGAAAAAAGAAGGAAGAAUUUCUACAACAACAACAACAUCAGCAGCAGCCGUCACCGGUGAUCCCAACAAGUCAACAUCAGUACCAUAAUCCAUUUGAACAACAUAUAUAUGCCGGACCCCCAUCUCCGAAGUAUUCUCCGAAACCAUUACAUGCUCCAGGACACUGGCCAGGUGACCCACAGUUAUCUGGGUAUACCGGGAGUGACUCAGAAUAUCGGACCUCGGACCAUCCUACAUUGUCAAGUACACAACCGGAUGUCACAUUGCAAACCCCAGAGUAUAAAGGCAGGGAAUUUAAGAUAGCCACACCGAGACGGACAAACAGUAUCCUGAAUGAUUCCUUGAGUAGUACAGGCAAUACGCACUCCCCAAUGGGCUCCCCUCAGGUGAUAAGGUCCCCUCGUGAGGCCCCCAGAAGUCCCAUACAAAAAAUUAACAGCCCUCUACACAGUCCGAGAAAUCUAAGCCCGAGUGAUCGAAUGACGGUGAAAGUGCUCACACAUAGGGGCAGCAUCUCCUCAGAUUCAGAAUGCAGUCAUGAAACUUGCGUUUGAUGGUAACCUAGGAUAUAAUUGCCAUAGUAACCCUGGACAGUGUUUCCAAGGUAACCAGACAUGAUUGCCUGGGUGACCUAGGACAUAUUUACCAUGAUAACCUAGGACAUAGUUGUCAUUAUAACCAAGGAAUUUUGAGUGUUCAUAGUAAACUCAAGACAUAGUUGCCAUGGUAAUCUAAGACAAAAUAUUCAAGGUAACCUCAGAAUGUGUCUCCAUGGUAACCUGGGACAUAGUUAUCAUGGUACUCCAGGACACAUUAAUUUUGCUGGUGAAUUCUGAAUGUAUUAUAUUGUGCUAAUCUCGGUGAUAUAUUUGGUGCAUUUGAAAAUAAAUAAUAGAAUGCAGGUGUUGAUUAAAGAGUAUUCAGUGAACUGGUCCUUCAUGGGGGCUGUAAACUUUUAAAUACUUGGUUGAAAAUAUGUUCUGCUUUGAUACGAGUUCAAUCAAGUCCUCAUUUUCUUGGACCUUGUAUUGACCAGUUAAAAUUGUGCUAGUGAUCUUGUUAUGACCAGGGAAACUACCCCGGAGACUUUAUGACUACAGUGAAACUGUGCUAGCAACUUUAUGAAAGGAACUGUGAAACCACAGGGAGUUCAUAGAUUUCUUAUUGAAUAUGUUCAUUACACAACAGUGUGUUGUAUGUUAAUUGUUUUAUUUAAGUCAUGUUAGAAUAGAAAUAAUUGUCUUAAUUAAAGAUAUUAUAAGUAGUUCCAUUAAACAGAUGGAAAAAUGCUGUGGAUUGUAGAAAAAGUGAGAGAAUGACGAUUGUGUAGGAAUAUCAGUGUUGGCAUAUCUAGCAUAUAUUACAAAAGGUUGUGAUAUGACCUUUAUACAUAUCUGAAUAAUAUAAUAUAGUCCCUUAUACCUAUAUGAAAUCCAGGGGAAUUUAAAUGUUUGAUCAAUGAUAAACAACCGGCUGUGAGCCCUUGAGGAUCUAGUGAAGAAUUGGAAGCUGUGAGGAUUCAAUGAAAACUUCUGAUUUUUUUGUGUUAUUUGUAUGAAAUGAUGUAUAAAUCAGAUUCCAUAGUGAGAACUGUGGUCAGUAUAUAUUGACGUGCUUUAUCAAGAUUUAGAGAUUUAUAUACCAAAGAGCAUAAUAUGAUUUUGAUACUAUGGUUUUUUAUUCUGGCUAUGCUUUAAAAAUUAUUUUUCAUCUAUUCAUUUCUCACAAUAAGUAGCAUUUGUCAUUGAAGCUGUAUUUCCAAAAAAACUUAUGUCCUUAAAGGGUAGCAGUUACAGGACUUGCACUAUAAGUUUGUCUAUCUGGCGGAAAAUGGUUUUUGCUUCAGCUAUAUCUUUUAAACUAUUGAAGGGAUCUUUACACAGUUCUUUAGCAUGAUAAUAAAGUAUGUUGUGAGCUGGAGUCAGGUCUGUACCAUCAAGGUUACAAGGACUCUGAUCCCAACCAACAAGAAAGAUUACUGAACUUUAGGGACUAACAUCAUGUACUAGCGACUAUUCUGCUGAGUUUAUACAUAUUUUUUGCAUUUCCAUAGAAUAAUUAAUAAAAUUUUAAGUAACAGGUUGCUUGAUGUUUUCAUUUUGAAAACACUUAAUAAGCUUAUGUUUAUUUUAUUAUGUACAUCAAUAUAGUUUGAUCUCAGUUUUUGUUACUGCAGUUUAUAUAACUCACACUUUGAAAACAUGUUGAAAUACAUUCCUUUAUUGUUAUUUGUGCCAUAUCAGAUUUUGUUUUUGUCAACCUUUGCUCUGACGUUUUUUUUUUGACUCUGUGACGAUUUCUCCUCUGCUGUGGUAGUUUUCAAGUUCUGUUAAACAUAUCACAAUUUAUUUUCAUAUAUUUUCCAUUGUUUUCUUGUCAUGAUCAAGUGACGGAUAAUAUGCUGGAGAAAAAGCUGGGCAUGACUAUUAUAUUGAAUAUUGUAUAGAUACUAGAUGUGAACUGGACAGCUGUGUAUGCAAUAACAGUCUUAGGUAGAAACAAAUAACCUUCCUUGUAUCUAGUAAAACCUUCAUAUCCAGAUAAGAUACACUUUCUUCAGUCAAAUUAUCAUCCUGUAUCUAUACAAUUUUUCAAGAACAUAAACAUUACAUUUUGGUAAAGAAAACAAGGUUAAAAAAAAUAGUUUGCACCUUCAAAUCCAGUAAGAAGUAUUGACCAGUUGCAUGUACUACAUCAGAUUAGAUAAGGCAAUAUCCACCUUGAAAUACACGUACAAGCAUAACCAGUGCCAUGUUUUGGUCAGUUUGCAGCCAAGAUGCAAAGCUUGUAGGUUUUAAUUAUUUUUAUCAACAUUAAACCCCUAUAAAGUGUGCACAUGGUAUUUUUAAAUGUCAGAAUAAUGACACUUUAUCAGAGAGGAGGCUAGAUGUUUCUUUUAAGUGUGAACCAGUGUAUAGCUACAUGUUCUAUAUAUAUUAUUCUGUCCCAUAACAUGACAUUUUCCAUGUGUUCCUUAAACACCUUUUUGUAGAAAGCCUUAAAUAUCUUGUUCUAUUAGUUUUGUUGGCAUUUAAAUGCAUUAUUGUAAAUAGUUCUGUGAAUUGUAUCUAUAGAUGUAUUUAUUUAUAAUGUUGAUUACGUGAAUAUUCCAUAAAGCUUGUUUAAUGUGCCGUAAAUGAAUUUUUUGUACAAUAAAAUGUUCCUUCAGCAGGAAAUAAAACUAAAUUCUACAAAUGA